UAUUAGAUCUAAUAAUCGCCGCAACUAUUCUUAAAACCGUGAACUCCAACCACUCUUCUCUCCAUCUCUCUCACACUCACUCUCAACUAAAAAUCUCUCUUCUCCUAUGGCUAUCACAAUCCAGGCCAUCAAGGCACGCCAGAUCUUUGACAGUCGUGGCAAUCCCACAGUCGAGGUCGAUGUGACAACCUCAGAUGGCGCUUUUUAUAGAGCCGCUGUUCCAAGCGGUGCAUCCACUGGAAUUUAUGAGGCACUUGAACUAAGGGAUGGAGGUUCAGACUACCUUGGAAAAGGUGUAUCAAAGGCUGUUGAGAAUGUCAACGCGAUCAUCGCCCCUGCCUUGAUCGGCAAGGACCCAACUGAUCAGGUUGCCAUUGAUAACUUCAUGGUUCAACAACUUGAUGGAACCGUUAACGAGUGGGGUUGGUGCAAACAAAAGCUCGGUGCCAAUGCCAUUCUGGCAGUGUCUCUUGCUGUCUGCAAAGCUGGGGCUGGUGUCAACAAAAUCCCUCUUUACAAGCACAUUGCAAACCUUGCUGGUAACAAGAAGUUGGUGCUGCCUGUUCCUGCUUUCAAUGUCAUUAACGGUGGAUCACAUGCAGGAAACAAGCUUGCAAUGCAGGAGUUUAUGAUUCUUCCAGUAGGAGCCUCCUCCUUCAAGGAGGCCAUGAAGAUGGGUGUGGAAGUGUAUCACAAUUUAAAGUCUGUGAUUAAAAAGAAGUAUGGUCAGGAUGCAACAAAUGUUGGUGAUGAAGGUGGUUUUGCUCCUAACAUUCAGGAAAACAAGGAAGGUCUUGAAUUGCUUAAAACAGCCAUUGCUAAAGCUGGUUAUACAAGCCAAGUUGUCAUCGGAAUGGAUGUUGCUGCAUCUGAAUUUUAUGGAGAAGAUAAAAGAUAUGACCUGAACUUUAAGGAAGAGAAAAAUGAUGGCUCCCAAAAGAUCCCCGGUGAUGCUCUAAAAGAUCUGUACAAGUCGUUUGUGUCUGAGUAUCCUAUUGUAUCAAUUGAAGAUCCAUUUGAUCAAGAUGACUGGGAGCACUACGGAAAGAUGACCAGUGAAGUUGGAGAGAAAGUACAAAUUGUGGGAGAUGAUCUCUUGGUCACCAAUCCUAAGAGGGUUGAGAAGGCUAUCAAGGAAAAGACUUGCAAUGCCCUUCUUCUCAAGGUCAAUCAAAUUGGAUCUGUAACUGAGAGCAUUGAAGCAGUUAAAAUGUCCAAGCGAGCUGGGUGGGGUGUGAUGGCUAGCCACCGCAGUGGAGAGACUGAGGAUACUUUCAUUGCUGAUCUCUCUGUGGGUCUGGCCACGGGCCAAAUUAAGACAGGAGCUCCAUGCAGGUCUGAGCGUCUUGCAAAAUAUAACCAGCUCUUGCGUAUUGAAGAGGAGCUUGGCUCAGAAGCAGUCUAUGCUGGAGCUAGCUUCCGUAGGCCUGUUGAGCCCUAUUAGAGUUUGAAGCAUUGGAUGAGAAAUUGUUGUUUGCGGGGGAGUUGCACAAGGGGGAACUCAAUUGCAACAAAGAAUGGUUUUCAGUCAAAGGAAACUUUGAGACCUUUUCCCUAAUAAUUUUGACAGCUGUUUUGUUCCGAUAGCCUGAACACUGCUGUACUGAGAUUUUUUUUCAAAGUUGAAGCAUGUUUAAUCAUAAUUGAAUUUUAGUUUUCUAUUUGAUGUUUGCUCAAUUAA